UUUUGUCUAUUUUCUUUGCAUCACGAUUUGUCCGGUGGCAACGCACGGACGCAUACCUAGUCAAUAUAAACAACAAUAACUUCCUGAAUCAAACUUCAGGAAGAUCAAAUGUUUCAGGUUUGGAUCCAGCUGAUAUCGAAUUAAGUUUCAGGUCUUCCAACAUAUGGUAAAUUUCUUGGGACCAAUUAAUGAGACGGUGAUGCCCAUCAGAGGGACAAUUUUGACGUGAGAAGGCAAAAAGUUCAUGCAGAGACCUGGUGUAGGGCGUCGGAAGGCCAUGUUGCUGCCAAUGUUGAUGCAAUAUGAUGUAAACUUGAGAUCAUGGGCUACGGGGGUGGUGAUCAGAGAUGGCAAGGGACGGUUUUUGGCGGCAAAGGUUAUCCCUUUCGCUCUUGAUGCUGCUUCAGCGGAAGCCCAGGCGGUCCUUGAUGGCAUACAUCUAGCCAAUCGUGUCCCUCAACUUGAAGCCUGUUGCAACCGAUCAAUCUGUAAGCUAAUAGCACUAGUUAGGCGCAGUGUUCACGUCGAUAGUAUUCCAGAUGGAAGUCGCAGAACCAUCUAUAUAUCUCAACAAAGCCAACUCUGUUAUAACGUGGGGUUGAAAUGGAGACGACCGGCGGCAAGAUGCUGAAGCCGGCGUACUCGGCGCCGCACCCGCUCGCAGGCGAGAUGGUCCCGCUGAGGCUCUUCGACCGCGCCGCCAUGGACAUCUUUGUCUCCCUCAUCCUCGUGUACCCCGCGCCGACUCCGUCCAACGAGGCGCUCGUGGAGGGCCUGCGCAGGGCUCUCGCGCCGUACCCUCACCUGGCCGGACGACUCGCCGUCGACCACUCAGGCAGGCGUUCCAUCCACCUCAGCAACGACGGCGUGCUUGUCCUAGACGCCGAGGUCCCUGUCGAUAUGGCGAGCGUGGUGGCCGACGGAUGCUUUAUCACCGCAACCGAGGGACUGUAUCCUGCACUGCCGUUGCCGGAGGAGAACGUCGGGGCGGCGCUGCUGCAGAUCAAGCUGAGCCGGUACAAGUGCGGCGGCCUCGUGAUCGGCAUCAUCCACCACCACCACGCGGCCGACGGCCACUCCUUCAGCAACUUCCUCACCACAUGGGCCAGCGCAGUUCGCCAAGCGAGCGAAUUCGCCGCCCCGUCCCCUUUCCUCGACCGCGCGGCCACCGCCGUGCCUCGGAGCGUGCCGACACCGGCGUUCGACCACCGGUGCACCGAGUUCAGCGGAGAAGAAGACGAUCGUCGCAGCUCCUACUCCCACCCCAGGUGCAAGAUCAAGAACCUCACGUUGCGCUUCACGGCCCAGUUCGUCAGAGAGCUCAAGGCCCGCGUCGGCGCCCCAUGCAGCACGUUCCAGUGCCUUCUCGCGCACGUGUGGAAGAAGAUCACGGCGGCGCGCCGCCUGAAGCCCGACGAGUUCACGCAGGUCAGGGUGGCCGUGGACUGCCGGGCCAGGGCCAGCCCUGCCGUCCCGCCGGACUUCUUCGGGAACAUGGUGCUGUGGGCAUUCCCCAGGCUCCAAGUCCGGGACGUCCUGGGCUGGACCUACGGCGGCGUUGUAGGCGCCAUCCGCGACGCCAUUGGGCGCGUCGAUGCUGCGUACAUCCAGUCGUUCGUGGACUUUGGGAGCGUGGCGGACGCGAGCUGGGAGGAGCUCGCGGCGACGGCGCCAACCGCCGGCACGAUGCUCUGCCCGGACCUGGAGGUGGACAGCAGUCUGGGUUUCAGGUUCCACCAGAUCGACCUCGGCAAUGGGCCGCCAUCCGCGUUCCUCAUGCCGGACUUGCCCGUCGAGGGGCUCAUGACAUUUGUGCCGUCGUGCUCCGCCAAGGGCGGCUUGGACGUCCACAUGGCCGUUGCCGAGGAUCACGUCGCGGAGCUUGAGCAUAUAUGCUACUCCUUGGACGAAAGAGCUACACCGAAGUUGUAAAAUGCUCCGUUAGUUUGAACUUUGAAGGCCGCUUUCCCACUCACACUCUCUCCAAAGUUUGUGAUUAUUCCAUUUUCUUUCCAGAUAUAUACAUACAACUCAACAACGAUGUGCACCGCCAGCUAAAAUUUAUUUUCGUCAAUUUGUUCAGGUGUAAAUGGUACAGAUAUGGACGGAUCGACCAUCCUAUGCUCAUGAAAUAAAUGUGUUAUUGGACCUGAGAAAA